AUGAAGGAGCCAGAAGAUGCCUACAUCAUCAAGAGCAACCCAAUCAAGCUGCUGUGUCGGGCUGUGCCUGCCCUUCAGAUCUUCUUCAAGUGUAAUGGAGAAUGGGUGCACCAGAAUGAACAUGUGUCCCGGGAGUACAUGGAUCAGAACACUGGUAAGAAGUCAGAGAUCCUAUAAUCCAAGGGUAUUCAAAUCCUACCCUGGAGGACUGGAGUACUGCUGGUUUUCUGUUCUUACCUGAUAAUUCAUUGCAACCAUCUUGUGUCCCAGGCCUAAAUCAGUCCCUGAUUGAGGGGAAGAAUGAAAAAAAGCAGUGGAACUGGCUUCGAGGUCCGCAGUUGAAUUUGAGGGCUAUAAUCCCAUAGUUUUCCUAUUUUCUAUAGUUCUAUGUGAUAUUUUACUCUGUAAGAAGCAUCAUCACUAUCAUCUCCCAGUCUAACUACUGCAUAGUGAGAGGGGAUCUGGAUUCACUGUGACCAUGUGUGGGAUCAUGGGCUUGCAAUCAACACUGCAUAUUUGUUUUGGGAAAUUAUGACAUUAUGUGAAUAUGAUAAUCUUCGACUUGAUACAGUACUGUACAUGUAGCAUACAUAUUGUUACUACAGAUACUUUUCAGUCUAUAGGCAGUUGUCUUUUUUUUUAUGUUUCCAAAGACAGUUAAAGUUAAGCAACAAUUAGGCCACCAGAGAUCAGAAAACAUUUAAUAGAUUAUUUUUUUUUUACUACAUAUUCUAUCCGUCACCCGAAACCUGCAAAAAACACUCCAACUUGCCCUCAUAACGUCAACAAGUAAUUUGUGAAGUUGUGUUGAAGUUAUCACGUUGCGUGAUAUAAAGGAGAUGGUAUGUUCAGCCCAAUUAAGCCCCAUCAGGCUGGUGUCAGAGAGGGACGUGCAGAACAGACUAGGUUUGGGUCACAAAUGGCACCCUAUUUCCUAUAUAGUGCACUACUUUUGACCUGGGCCCACAGUGCACUAUGUAGGGAAUACGGUACAAUUUUGGAUGCAGCCUAUAGAGCAGGUUGUGUUGAUUAGAAGCCUUCACUUUAGUUCUGUUUCCUGAAGGGCUUUCUGGGAGAACACAACUGAUGUGACACCUCGUCUGGAAUGUGCUCUGAUUAGUGGCUUCUCAAAAGGGGAAGGAGUCUUUCUGGUAUUCAUGAAGGUCCCUCUGCAGAAAAGCCUGUUUAAUUGCUUCUGGGAGUUCAGUUAUUGUGCGAUUGCUGUUCUGUGAAAUUGCUGUGUGACUGAUAAUGGGGGGAAAUAAAAGUCAGAACUUUGAUUAUUUUUGCUCUGUGUGAGUCAGGCAGUACAUGGGAAAAGUAUUAGGGAAAAGUUCACUGUUUGGGUUUUAUUAACAAACUUGCUUUAUGCUACAUCCAAUGGUUAGCAAGAGGCAACCUAAUUUAUUUAUUUCAGAGAUCAGAAUGGAGCAUUAUCUAACAACAACAAAAAGUGAAGUGCCUGAUGUUCUUUUUUAAGUGGAAGGAGCCAAAAAUCUGAUGCUGAAUGCUGAAUUAUUGUCAUCAAAUUAAAUUAUUUAUUUCUAAAAUGGAUUCCAUGAGCUCCAAACCAAGCACUGUAUUUUUAUAAUUGUAUGCAAAUUACCAAAAUAAAGGGAAUAUCACCCAUUGCACUGGGAUUGGCGGUGAAAGGUUGUUGUUAUGAGAGGUUAAACUACCUGUACAUGUAGAGAGGGUCUGUCAACCUAUUGACCAAUCAAUGUCUGUUAACUCCACAAUAAAGUUCCUAGCUAAACCCAUGGGGUAAUUCUUUGUCAUGUUAACGGUACCAUAAUGGCUCAUAUUGCUUAUUUCAUAAGGUUAUAAACUUGAUAUUAUCCUUUCAAUUUCAUAGAGCCAAUGUGUUGUUUUCCUACUGUAAAGGAAGUAUGGUCUUUGUAAACCCUGAGUAGAUCAGGUCUGAUGUAGGAUUUGAAAGCAUUUUUGUAUUCAUUAACUCGGUUCAUACUUGUUCAGCUCAUCUGCAUUCUCACGUGAAUAACCGUCUGCUCGUUGAGCUCCCUCCAGACGGAGCACCGCCUCCCCACAUGGUACACCUAACACAUUAUCUUCACAAUUUCACAGAUUCUGAUUCAAGAACGCCCAGUGUAAAAAAUAAAUAAAAAAGUUAUUCCUUUUUACCUCGCUCUGCCUUUAAGCUAUAUUCGGGGAACGGUUUUUUACCUUUUUUACCUUCUCCUGCACUUAACCGCCUGCAGUGUUGCCUUGCCUAGGCUAUAAAACCAAUGGGUUCUGCAUCAGAAGGAGGCCCGGGUGGAUUUGCAAUUAAAAGAGCCUGGCUGAGAUUGUCCUGUCCUCAUCUCACGCCCAGCCUGCUGCAUAGCCAGCUAGGUGUAUAUCAGCACUAAACUCAUAACCACCACUGAUAACAACAUGCUCAACACUGCUUUGUCCUGCUCUGGUAAUGGACAGCCAAAUUGUGUAUUGGAUUAGGCCAAGCUAAUCAAAGCAGCAGAUCUAUGAAGAAUGGGAUGUUAUUGAUUAGGACAUGGGCCUUCAAUGCCACCGAGAGCACCGUGAUGAUAACAUCUCUUAUUUACCAAACAGGCUGAUGAAUCACAGCCACAGAUAAGAGGCGCUACAAUGCCCUUGAGUUAACCAGACUGAGGCACAGGGAGGAGAGCGGAGAGGAGAGGAGGGGAGAAGAGAGGACAGGGGAGGGGAGAGGAGAAACUCAGAGUUGGUCACAGACUAAAGACAGUCAGCGAGUUGAAGUAGUAAGCUGAGAAUGUUCUGUCACUAAGUGCUGCUCAUGGGACUUUUCCUUUCCAUUAACCUUCCUACCUCUAAGGAAAAUCAACUUAUCUGACACAAUUUGUCCAUGUUUAAAUGUCUAUGGUAAUAUCAGCAGGCUAGGUAUUUCUCAAAGCAGUGAGAAUUCAGUUCAGACCGCACUGUUGUUUUAAACCAUGGUAUGGAGUGUGUUGACUAGAGAUAACCACAGACAGCUGUGCUGAGGCCUCUGGAAUGAGGCAGGGUGUUGUCAACCUGUCAGUAAUUGAUUUUUUGAUAGGGUCAACAUGCCUAUACAUAAUUGAACAGCGGAGAGAUUACUGGGAAAAGCAAUGUCACAGUGGCCUCCGAUUUACAUUGAGCGCUGCAAGCGAUAAUGUGUUCUUAUAGGUUUAAAAUUGAUAAAUGAUUGGAUUGGGAUGCUCUCUCCAUAUUUACCUGAGCCAUUUGCUUAAUUCCCUAUAUUAAUUCCCUAUUCUUGUCAAUGGCUUACCACUAAGAGUGGAGAGCAUUGUCAUCUUGAAGACCUUACUGCCUCAAUGAAUUGGGGGAAUACGCACCAGGUUCUGUGUCAGGGAAAUAUUGGUCCCCUGGGUGUUUGUUUGGUGGAAACUGGUCCACUCCCUCCCAUAUGUCUGAGACUAGCGAAUCAUCACUUGGCUCACAGGGUUUCCCGUCCCAAAUGGCACCCUAUUUAGUGCACUACUUUUGACCAGGAGCAAUAGGGCUCUGCAAAAGUAGUGCACUAUAUAGGUAAUAGGGUGCCAUUUGGGACUACUGGAGGAAGGAGGGAUCUACAAGGAGGACAUAUCCUCAAUACUGAUUAGUUAAAGCAGCCUGUGUAGCUAUGUGUAGGGAAUCAUAAUACAUGUGUUCCAAGGAGAAACUAUUCAUCAUGGUUUGUUCUGAGAUACAGUGCCUUCAGAAAGUAUUCAUACCCCUUGACUUUUUCCACAUUUUGUUGUUGCAGCCUGAAUUUAAAAUUGAUUAAAUUGAGAUGUCACUGGCCUACACAAUACCCCAUAAGUGGAAUUAUUUUGACAAAUGAAUUACAAAUGAAAAGCUGAAAUGUCUUCAGUCAAUAAGUGUUAAACCCCUUUGUUAUGGAAAGCCUAAAUAAGUUCAGGAGUGAAAAUGUGCUUAACAAGUCACAUAAUAAGUUGCUUGGACUCACUCUGUGUGCAAUACUAGUGUUUAACAUUAUUUUUGAAUGACUACAUAAUCUCUGUACUCCGCACAUACAAUUAUCUGUAAGGUCUCUCAGUCGAGCAGGGAAUUUCAAACAAAGAUUCAACUACAAAUACCAGGGAGGUUUUCCAAUGCCUCGCAAAGAAGGGCACCUAUUGGUAGAUGGGUAAAAACAAAAAAGCAGACAUUGAAUAUCCCUUUGAGCAUGGUGAAGUUAUUACUUACACUUUGGAUGGUGUAUCAAUACACCCAGUCACUACAAAGAUACAGGCGUCCUUCCUAGCUAAGUUGCUGGAAAGGAAGAACAUCGCUCCUGGAUUUCACCAUGAGGCCAAUGGUGACUUUAAAACAGUUAGAGUUUAAUGGCUGUGAUAGGAGAAAAGUGAGGAUGGCUCUCCACAAUACUAACCAAAAUGACAGAGGGAAAAUAAGGAAGCCUGUACAGAAUAAAAAUAUUUCAAAACAUGCAUCCUGUUUGCAAUAAUUUACUGGAGUAAAACUGCAAACAUUUGGAAAAUAAAUUAACGUUGUGUCCUGAAUACAAAGCGUUAUGUUUGGGGCAAAUCCAAUACAUCACUGACUACCACUCUUCAUAUUUUCAAGCAUGGUGGUGGCUGCAUCAUGUUAUAGGUAUGCUUGUCAUCGGAAUAGAGCUAAGCACAGGCAAAAUCCUAGAGGAAAACCUGGUUCAUUUUGCUUUCUUACAGACACUGGGAGAUGAAUUCACCUUUCAGCAGGAAAAUAACCUAAAACACAAGGACAAAUCUACACUGGGGUUGCUUACCAAGAUGACAUUGAAUGUUCCGGAGUGGCCUAGUUAAAUUUGACUUAAAUCUACUUAAAUCUAUGGCAAGACUUAAAUGGCUGUCUAGCAAUGAUCAACAACCAACUUGACAGAGCUUGAAGAAUUUUACAAUCCAGGUGUGCAAAGCUCUUAGAGACUUACCCAGAAAGACAUAUAGCUGUAAUCGAUGUAAAAGGUGAUUCAUACAUGUAUUGACUCAGGGGUGUGAAUACUUGUGUAAAUGAGAUAUUUCUGUAUUUCAUUUUCAAUAAAUUUGUCAUUAUGGGGUAUUGUGUGUAGAUGGGUGAAAAAAAAGUAUAGAUUUAAUCACAUUUUAAUUCAGUCUGUAAUACAACAAUUUGGAAUAUGUCAAGGGGUAUGAAUACUUUCUGAAGGCACUAUGUAUUUAUGAUGUUAUGGAUGGACUGCUUCUUUGUAUUUGAAUUUAUUAAGGAUCCCCGUUAGCAGUUGCCAAGGCAGCAGCUACUCUUCCUGGGGUCCAGCAACAUUAAGGCAUACAAUUUAAAAUAUUACAUGACAUUACAUUUCAUAACACUUUUCACAACAUAUUAAGUGUGUUCCCUCAGGCCACUACUCUACAACCACAUAUCUACAAUACAAAAUCCAUGUGUGUGUAGAGUGCGUUUCUUAUGCGUGUGUCUGUGCCUGUGUGUGUGUGUGUGUGUGUCUCUUAACAGUCCCCGCUGUUCCUUAAGAUGUAUUUUUUAUCUGUUUUUAACUGAUUCUACUGCUUGCAUCAGUUAACAGCAUCAUGGAAUUCUAAUCCACAUCAGGUAAGAUCUAUGCUUCCCUCUACCAUCUUUUGUGUUUUUAAUUAAGCUGGAAUCCUCAGUUGCUACAUCUAAUUUUUGAUUUAUAAAUUAAUUAUACCUAUUUGAUUUUUGAAGAAUAUAGCUUAUUAACUGUCGUACCCCCAUCAAAACCCUAAAUAUAAGCUUGUUUUACUCCAGUGUUUGUGAACAAUGUAAAUGUAAACACAUUUUAUAGCCUCGAAACAUGGUUAAAACUAUAAUGUUGAUAUCACGUAUGGUAGAUCCUUGCAUUCAUAGCUCUGUCUAUUAAUUUGAUAGUAGUUACAUUUCUCCAUGCCCAUCCCUCAGCAUUUUACCAAAACAGAGGCAGGAUUUCUGCUUUGUUAUUGUUUAAAUUAAGGAUUCUAACUUUAACCUAGUUUAAAUCUCCUUCUUUCUCAGGGGUAAAUAGUCGAUAUGCUGAAGGGAAUCACACACAAAUGGGCACCAUAUAGACCCUUGUAUUGCAUUAGGAUUCAAUGCCCAAGGAUUAGAGAAAAAUCACUGACCUUUCUUGUUGAGUCUGUGCAUAGUGAAUGUUAUCGUUGGUGAGCAGUGAGCAGAGAAAGUUGUUGCUUUCUCCUACAUAGAUUGGAGGCACAUGGAGAGUGGCAGGUCCUGACCGGCCUGGGCACUAUGGGGGAAGAGAGGCCUGAGAAAAGCAGAUAAACAACCCCGGUGGUCUGACACACCUGCCAGGAAACCCGGCUGCAUCUAAUUCCCUGACCAUGUUACCUUCCCUCUGUCCUCGUUCACUUCCCUUCAUGGAUCUCACUGAGACAACUGGGUUGGUGUAAGCAAUAGCUCCCCUAGCACCUAGUUGUACGCCAUAUUAGUUUCACAUAAUAUCCAGUCCUAUCAGAUCAGUGAAGGAGUGUAAAUGAGGGCAGAUGGAAGGGAGCACAUUUCUGGAAUGAGACACAGGAGAGUCCAGGGGAACAACAGCUGCAUGUGACCAGCAAAAAGGCAACAUACAGGCAGCAAUCGGGAAGCAAACAUUCAGUGACACUAUGCUUCCCUCUCAGCUGGGGCCUAAGCCUCACCGCACACUCAACCCUCCUAUAUCAUGAGUGUUGCAAUGCUUUUGCCACUCUGUAAUGGCCACUAAAGUGAGAAUUUAUGUUAUCUUUGCCCCAGGGUUCCUUCGUGACACCGUUAAUGGGGUUGUUAACUGAAUGUGCCCAGACAAUACAAUACACCUCACACACAUACCGUACCUGUACAGCAUAGGCUCCUUAGAGGGGUUAAAUAAAUGUCUCUCUCGAGAUGAUUUUAUUUGGUCUUACCUCAGGUUUCAGCUAGUCCGGUGCCGGAGGGCUGUGUUGUAAAUGUCUACUUUUUUUAUCACCGAAAAAGGAGCUUUACAUUUUUUGUUUUGAUUACUAUUCUGUUUUGGCUUCCAUGUCAGGCAGGACUGGGUGUAUUGGGGUCUGUGUUAUACAGAGGGGUCUGAAAUUAUUGACACUCUUGAUAAAGAUGAGCAAAAAUGACUGUAUAAAAUAAAUUAAUCAAAUACUGAGAUAUAUUGUAAUUAAAAUACUGACCUAUCCACCACUUGUGUGCAUGGCCAAAGAGUAAUAUUUUCAUGUCAUCUGACCAAAGCACCGGUUCCAAUCCAAGUGCCAACGCAAACUUCAGGCGUUUGUUGGACGACUCGAAAAUAGAGCUCUUUACCACGCACACCAAUGAAACCCUUCUUCCAUCGCCAACAGACAACAGUAUGACAUUGCUUAUCACUUUCCUUAUCCACGCACAGAUGGAGACAAAAAAAACAUGCAAACUUCUCUUCCAAUAUUUCCUGUAUGAGUGGGUGCAGUUUUAGUUAUCGUUCCCCUAUUGCAGUACAAUGCCUUUUUUAUAGGUCUACUUGCUAAUUAUUUCUGCUUAUAAUGCCGUGGAUCCAAAAAAGCUAUUAGUGGUCUGUGUUUAUUUUUGCCAGACUUGAUUUCAUUUAAAUUGGAUAUUAUUUUGUUGUAAAGAGGUAUAGAAGAGCGUUGGCUAUGUCAGUGUAGUUGUUACACAGUGAUCAUUGGGCCUAAUGCCUGUGGCAGACAAAGGCCUCAUCUGGAAAUGCUGUAGCUGCCUCUCUCUGCAACGGGAAAUUAAAAUGGUGCAUUGUCAAGUAAAUAUGUCCCCAAAUGCAGGAAAACAUUCUGUAACAUACAGGAACUCGAGUCCUUCUGUUCACCCGACCUAGAAUAUCUCACAAUCAAAUGCAGACCGUAUUAUCUCCCAAGAUAAUUUUCUUCAGUUAUAGUCACGGCCGUGUAUAUCCCCCCUCAAGCCGAUACCACGACGGCCCUCAAAGAACUUCACUGGACCUUAUGCAAACUGGAAACCAUAUAUCCUGAGGCUGCAUUUAUUGUAGCCAGGGAUUUUAACAAAACAAAAUUGAGGACUAGGCUGCCGAAGUUCUAUCAACAUAUCGACUGUUGUACUCACGCUGCCAAGAUCCUCAACCAUUACUAUUCGAUCUUCCGGGAUGGUUAUAAGGCCCUACCCCACCCUCCUUUCGGCAAAUCUGACCACGACUCCAUUUUGCUUCUCCCUUCCUAUAGGCAGAAACUCAAACAGUAAGUACCAAUGCUAAGGACUAUUCAAUGCUGGUCUGACCAAUCGGAAUCCACACUGCAAGAUUGUUUUGAUCACGCGGACUGGGAUAUGUUCCGGGUAGCUUCCGAAAAUAAUUUAGAAGAAUACACUGAAACGUUGACUGAGUUUAUCAGGAAGUGUAUAGGUGAUGUUGUGCCCACUGUGACUUUUAAAAACCUACCCUAACCAGAAACCGUGGAUAGAUGGCACCACCACAUUCAACCAUGGCAAGGUGACUGGGAAUAUGGCAGAAUACAAACAGUGUAGCUACUCACUCCGCAAGGCAAUUAUACUGGCAAAACAUCAGUAUAGAGACAAAGUGGAGUCGCAAUUCAACGGCUCAGAAAAAAGACGAAUGUGGCAGGGUCUACAGGCAAUCACGGACUACAAAAGGAUAUCAGCUACGUCGCCAACACCGACGUCUCGCUUCCAGACAAGCUAAACACCUUCGCCCGCUUUGAGGAUAACACAGUGCCACUGACGAGGCCCACUACCAAGGACUGUGGCCUCUCCUUCUCCAUGGCCGACGUGAUUAAGACAUUUAAGCAUGUUAACCCCCGCAAGGCUGCCGGCCCAGACGGCAUCCCUAGCCGCGUCCUCAGAGCAUGCGCAGACCAGCUGGCUGGUGUGUUUAUGGACAUAUUCAAUCUCUCCCUUUCCCAGUCUGCUGUUCCCACAUGCUUCAAGAUGGCCACCAUUGUUCCUGUACCCAAGAAAGCAAAGGUAACUGAACUAAAUGACUAUUGCCCUGUAGCACUCACCUCUGUCAUCAUGAAGUACUUUGAGAGACUAGUCAAGGAUCAUAUUACCUCUACCUUACCUCAGCCUAGACCCACUUAAAUUUGCUUACUGCCCCAAUAGAUCCACAGAAGAUGCAAUCGCCAUCACACUGCCCUAUCCCAUCUGGACAAGAGGAAUACCUAUGUAAGAAUGCUGUUCAUUGACUAUAGCUCAGCAUUCAACACCAUAGUACCCUCCAAGCUCAUCAUUAAGCUCGAGGCCCUGGGUCCGAACCCGCCCUGUGCAACUGGGUCCUGGACUUCCUGACGGGCCGCCCCCAGGUGGUGAAGGUAGGAAACAACAUCUCCACUUCGCUGAUCCUCAACACUGGGGCCCCAAAAGUGUGCGUGCUCACCUAUACUCCCUGUUCACCCAUGACUGCGUGGCCAAGCAUGCCUCCAACUCAAUGAUCAAGUUUGCAGACGACACAACAGUAGUAGGCUUGAUUACCAACAAUGACGAGACCGCCUACAGGGAGGAGGUGAGGGCUCUGGGAGUGUGGUGCCAGGAAAAUAACCUCUCACUCAACAUCAUCAAAACAAAGGAGAUGAUUGUGGACUUCAGGAAACGGCAGAUGGUGCACCCCCUUAUCCACAUCGACGGGACCGCAGUGAAGAAGGUGGAAAGCUUCAAGUUCCUUGGCGUACACAUCACCAACAAACUGAAAUGGUCCACCCACGCAGACAGUGUGGUGAAGAAGGCGCAACAGAGCCUCUUCAACCUCAGGAGGCUGAAGAAAUUCGGUUUAGCACCUAAAACCCUCACAAGCUUUUACAGAUGCACAAUUGAGACCAUCCUGUCAGGCUGUAUCACCGCCUGGUACGGCAACUGCACCGCCCGCAACCGCAGGGCUCUCCAGAGGGUGGUGUGGUCUUUCGAACGCAUUACCGUGGGCAAACUACCCACCCUCCAGGACACAUACAGCGCCCGAUGUCACAGGAAGGCCAAAAAGAUCAUCAAGGACAUCAAAUCAAAUCAAAUCAAAUUGUAUUGGUCACAUGCGCCGAAUACAACAGGUGCAGACAUUACAGUGAAAUGCUUGCUUACAGCCCUUAACCAACAGUGCAUUUAUUUUUAACAAAAAAAGUAAAAAUAAAACAACAACAAAAAAAGUGUUGAGAAAAAAAAGAACAGAAGUAAAAUAAAAUAACAGUAGGGAGGCUAUAUAUACAGGGGGGUACCGUUGCAGAGUCAAUGUGCGGGGGCACCGGCUAGUUGAGGUAGUUGAGGUAAUAUGUACAUGUGGGUAGAGUUAAAGUGACUAUGCAUAAAUAAUUAACAGAGUAGCAGCAGCGUAAAAAGGAUGGGGUGGGGGGGCAGUGCAAAUAGUCCGGGUAGCUAUGAUUAGCUGUUCAGGAGUCUUAUGGCUUUGGGGUAGAAGCUGUUGAGAAGUCUUUUGGACCUAGACUUGGCACUCUGGUACCGCUUGCCGUGCGGUAGCAGAGAGAACAGUCUAUGACUAGGGUGGCUGGAGUCUUUGACAAUUUUGAGGGCCUUCCUCUGACACCGCCUGGUAUAGAGGUCCUGGAUGGCAGGAAGCUUGGCCCCAGUGAUGUACUGGGCCGUACGCACUACCCUCUGUAGUGCCUUGCGGUCGGAGGCCAAGCAGUUGCCAUACCAGGCGGUGAUGCAACCAGUCAGGAUGCUCUCGAUGGUGCAGCUGUAGAAUUUUUUGAGGAUCUGAGGACCCAUGCCAAAUCUUUUCAGUCUCCUGAGGGGGAAUAGGCUUUGUCGUGCCCUCUUCACGACUGUCUUGGUGUGUUUGGACCAUGAUAGUUCGUUGGUGAUGUGGACACCAAGGAACUUGAAGCUCUCAACCUGUUCCACUACAGCCCCGUCGAUGAGAAUGGGGGCGUGCUCAGUCCUCUUUUUUUCAACCACCCAAGCCACUGCCUGUUCAUCCCGCUAUCAUCCAGAAGGCGAGGUCAGUACAGGUGCAUCAAAGCUGGGACCGAGAAAAUGAAAAACAGCUUCUAUCUCAAGGCCAUCAGACUGUUAAAUAGCCAUCACAAGCACAUUAGAGGCUGCUGCUGACAAUUGAAAUCACUGGCCAAUUUAAGAAAUGGAACACUAGUCACUUUAAUAAUGUUUACAUAUCUUGCACUACUCAUCUCAUAUGUAUAUACUGCAUUCUAUUCUAUAAUAUUCUACUGUAUCUUAGUCCAUGCCGCUCUGUCAUUGCUUGUCCAUAUCUGUAUAUAUUCUUAAAUCCCAUUACUUACUAGUUUUGUGUGUAUUGGGUAUAUGUUGUGAAAUUGUUAGAUAUUACUUGUUAGAUAUUACUGCACUGUUGGAGCUAGAAGCACAAGCAUUUCACUACACCCGCUAUAACAUCUGCUAAGCACGUGUAUGUGACAAAUAACAUUUGAUUUGAUUUGAUGAAUUAAAUAUUUUGUCUAGCAGACAUGAUAUAUAUGUGUGUGUGUGUGUGCAUGCUCAUGUCUGUCUGAGUGGUUAGAGUGUGUGUAUGUGGGCUGAGAAUAAAGGGUAUAUGAUUUCGUAAUGGAUGUUCUGGAUUAAUAAUGUGAUAAGUGCCCCUGUCAUUGUUUUAGAUGGCCGUUCUUUAGAGCAGUACCUGCCUUUUUAUGAUCAUCCUUUAUUUGUGGUUUGCAUUGAGUAUGACAUGAAUGUGCUAAUGCUGUUUCUCUCCUCAGCUGAGAGGUCUUUUGUCCUUAAUUGCGCCCAAAGUGUUCACAUGUACCAUAGCUGCCUUGGUAGACUGGGAUACACACCCGCACGCAUCUCACACAUCCACCCACCCCCACACACGAUCAACCUCACUGCAGUAAGUCAGAACUCCUUAAAGUGCAACUGAAUUCAAAAAAAUAUUUUCUCUGGUUGAAAACGGCCUAUCUGGCAUCUAUAUUACUCAAACAUUUAUUCCAGUGCCAAAAUGAAAUAAAAAGUCUAAGUAAGAUAAUUUGGGUCAUAAAGUCAGUAUAUUCCAAAACAGAGUUUUGUGAGAUUUGUGUAACUGAGGUCGCCAUGACUUAAAUGAGGGUUAGGUUUUGAUUUAAAUCCUGCCCACACGGGACAACUGCCUGGCACAGUCUAAUCAUGGCUGGCAGUAAUCAAAUCAUCCUGAUCACAGCUGCCCGGUGUGCUGCAGUGCAAGCUAUCCAAUUGCUCACCAGAAUCAACCUACAACCCGCCCAUUUAUUUACAGACAGCCUGGAGCGCCUCGGAUUUAUUUAGACAACAAUAUAUACAAGACAUCGUCGCAAAUGUUAUGUUGAAAGAACAAUAGUUUUUUUCUAAACAGCUUGGGUUUUCUCCAACUCAAACAUCAUCACACUCAUGAGCUAACGUUGGCAUGACACACAACUUUCCAUUCAAAGAUGGCUACAUUUAGAAAGCAGGAAAUGCAGUACGCGCAAAGCAUGGGAUUCCCUGACCAAUCACGUUCACACUGUCAAGAGGGACAAAAAAACAUUACUGCUGGGAUAUGAUAUAGCAAACAUAACACACCCACAUCGAACCAUACCCCCAAGACACAAAUCUAGUUCUUGUUAAUGAGCACCGGAAAAGCCCAGGUGGAAUCUAUAAAUUCGGCCCCUCUUUAAUGUGGUAGAUAUAGAUGAUGGUUAAAAUGAUUGCGGUAAGAUAUGGUCAAAUACAUCACCCUACUUGUCUCUUAUUUAUGUGGUCAAAACUUAUUGAAAGCAACAAGAUUUCUACACACCCGUUUUUUAUGCCAACCUUGUGAACAACUUUAGCAGGAAGCAGAAAGACUGGUGUUGACAGAGGCCAGUAACAGUCUCUCUGAGGGUGGUAGGAUGUGUUAAAAGGGAAUGCUCAGUGGAGACAUCAACAUGCUAGCACACUGUGCAGGUGAAGUAGUGAUGGCUAGUGCACUCCAGAGGACCUUUGACUUUGUACUACCCACCACCAAAGAGCCUUACAGGGGAUUCUGGAAGUGAAGUGUAGCUCAGUCUAAAGGCUUCUUUGCAACUGCACCACAGGGAGACCCAGGGAAGACUCAGACCUGUAGGAGGCAGGCAUUGAUGGGAAUGGUAGUGGUUUGAAACACUACAGAUAAUUGUCUAUGUAGAAUAUAUUAUGAAGAAUAAUCAGGUGAGCCAAUGCAAGCCAUGUGCCAGUAUAUAGAUAUAUCCUUCUUCCAAAUCUCACCUGCUGUUUCACGAUGAUCCAAACCCUCUGAAAUUGAAGUGGGAUCCAGCCUCUCUCUAUGCCCUUCCCGUUGUCCAACUCAAUAAGCUGAGCCAUGGCAAGGCAACAGAGCAAAGCCAUAGGGAGAGCAGAUUAGCCUUGCUUUGUCCCUUCCAACUUGGCUCACACCACCCUAACCUCCAUUCUCAUUUUUAAAAAAGCCAAUAGCCAUGGCUUAAGUCUCUCUCUCUCUCUCUCUCUCUCUCUCUCUCUCUCUCUCUCUCUCUCUCUCUCUCUCUCUCUGUCUCUCGCUCUGUCUGUCUCUCUCUCUCUGUCGCUCUCUCUCUGUCUGUCUGUCUGUCUGUCUGUCUGUCUGUCUGUCUCUGUCUCUGUCUCUCUGUCUCUCUGUCUCUCUGUCUCUCUCGCUCUUUCUCUUUCUCUUUCUCUUUCUCUUUCUCUUUCUCUUUGUCUCUGUCUGUCUCUGUGUGUGUAUAAUUCUGCCUUUUGGAUGGCUUAGUCACUGGGAGAGCCACUUGGAUAAAGAAUAAAGCAGAGUGGGGUGGAAGAAAUCAGAGGUUUAGUUUAAUAAGUCCUGUCAAUGGUGUUCUGCCUGUAAACAAAUAGGGGUGACAGAUGACAGAGUGUCGAAGCUUGGGCCUGUCUCUCAGGCACACCACCUGUCCUGGACGGUUAGUCCUCAAGGAAAUGUGCCUCUCAGAGAGAUGCCAGAGAGUGCAGGACCUGCCAGCUCUCAUUAGCAUAUUGCUCACAGUGUUUCUUUUUGGGGGGGAUUAUGUGCAGUCAUUAGUCAUGAUUUUCUCUCCUGUCUCUUCACCCCACUCUGUCAAUUGCCAAAUCUCCGCAGGGGAAUUAUGAAUUAUGUUUGUUUCACUAAGUGAAGUGCUGGUUGGCUGUAGUAGUGAUUAUUUUUUUUGUUCAUCUCCAGAGAGGCAUGCUCCAUGUGUUCCAGUAGAAUUCAAAUUUGUUUGGAGUAUAGCAGGGGACCGAGUACCAACAACAACUUUGCUGUAAAAUCUGUUUGGAGACUAACAGGCAGCUGAGUUUGUUUGUUAACAUCAUCCAUACACUACUUUACUCACAACCUCAACAUAAUGUAGGCUAGCUGAUUUGGUUCUGAGUGGCAUGAUUUAUUCCUAUACAUACAGCUGACCUUUAAAUAUGUCUCCUGUUCUGUAUCUUCAAGCAACAGGACAUGGACAUGUUCCUGCUGCUAUUCAGUGUGGUGUUUAAUUGUUAUGAAAUGCAAUACAUGUUUUUUCUGUCCCAAGCCUCACACAAUACAUAUUUUCUUUAAUCCUGUGUUUGGGAGGGCUGCAGGCUAUUGAGGCUCUGAAAAUGAGGAAAGAAACAUGACAGGUCCCUAAUCCCAUGGCUCAGAUUAAAAAUGGAAGCCUUUAUCAAUACAGAACUAUAUAACAGGUCUCUGCAAAGAUUUCAGCUGGGGAGUUUUGCGCUGUGGCGCUAAGAGGAUUUCAGAGGGAGACUCCAUUGGUACGGACACGUUUUUAAUGUGCUUGUUCAAAAAAUUUGCUGCAUUUGAAUUGUGGUUGCUAUGCUUGUGUAACUAUAGUUUAUACUAUGUGUUAUUGUGUCAGGGUAACUGUUACCUCAGAGUUUUCCUCCUCCAGUACCCCCAACAUUACAUAUUUGUGUUGUGGCCCCGGACAAGGACACCUGAUUCUAAUUUUAAACUAAUCAUCAAGCCCUUGACAAGUUGAAUCAGGUGAGUUUGUUCGGGCUAUAACAAAAAUGUGUGCUGUUGCGGGUACUGGAGGACCGGAGUUGGGAGACAGUGCUGUACAUAGAGUAUAAUUUUGAAGCAGGUCUGAUGUGAAGCUUGUUAGUGGGGAUGAUGAUGAUGUGCUAGCCCAGGGUUUCCCAACCCCUGUCCUUAGGGCACACCUGAUGAACUGGCACACCUGAUUAAAUUAGUCAACUAAUCCACAAGCCAUUGAUUAAUUGAAUCAGAUGUGCCAGUUUAGGGUUAAACCAAAAAUGUUAAACAUCUGUGGGAGCCCGAGGAGAGGGUUGGGAAACCCUACUCUAGCUAAGUUUUUUUGUUUGUUAGCAGUAUUAGGCCUCACACACAACAGAAUCCCUUAAGUGAGUCUUGGAAGGCUGCCUAUUUAAUCUGUGAUGCACUUUCAAUAUUCAAGCAGAGAGCAAGAGGACGGGGAGAACAUAACCACAUUAGGCACACACUGAUUAGGGCAGAGUGUCAGGCCUCCUAAAAGCCUAAUGUAUUUUUACCACACUUGAAAAACGAUUGAUUAGUACUACCAGACAGCUGUGUGUGUGUGGUAAAUAUUUGAUCCGGUCCCAUUCCACUCUCCCUUAAAGACAACAUUUUGUUAAGAUCUCUCAACUUCAGUUAGCACACUCUAAGCACUCCAAGGACUGAGCACCAGAGGUCCUGUAUAUGUUCUCGGUACAUUGUUUCUUUCUCCAAAGAACACUUGAUCCAGACAGUAAAUUACUUACUGGCUGUUUUUUAUUUAAAUAACACUUGAUCCAGACAGUAAAAUCACUUACUGGCUGUUGCAUUAUUUAAAUAACACUUGAUGCAGAUAGUAACCUCGCUUACUGGCUGUUUCUUUAUUUAAAUAACACUUGAUCCAGACAGUAACCUCCCUUACUGGCUGUUUCUUACCCCCAUGCAGGGCUGAAGGUGCGUGAGGUGUUGAUCAACGUGUCCCGUCAGCAGGUGGAGGACUUUCACGGCCCAGAGGACUACUGGUGUCUGUGUGUGGCCUGGAGCCACCUGGGCACCUCCAAGAGCCGGAAGGCCACUGUCCACAUCGCAUGUGAGUCGCCUACUACAGUACUGUAUCACCCAUAGCAGUUUUUCCCAAUCCUAGUCCUGGGGACCCAAAGGUGUGCACAUUUUAGUUUUUGCCCUAGCACUUAGAUUAUUGAUUCAACUAAUCAACUCAUCAUCAAGCCUUUAGUUUAAUCAGGUGUGUUAGUGCUAGAGCAAAAAUGAAAAUGUGCACCCUUUCUUUUUGGUCCCCAGGUCCAUGAAACACUGACCCAUAGAACUAGAAUGAGUAGAACGGACGUCUCCGUUCAGUUAAAUUAUGCCAUUAUGGGUGGACUGGUGUCAUUUUGAGUGUCCCCAUGAGUUUACCAGUCAAAUUGCCAUGGUCGGAGACUGAGGUUCUAAGCCUGUUCUACUCAUAUUUAUAAAGCACCACAGUCUCACAUUAUGGCUAAUGGCCAAAACUGCACUGCAGGAGUAGAUGGAUAGAAAGCAGACGUGCUACUUAGCAAAAUAAUUAUCCCCCAUGACAUAUACUUUUAAGUUUAAUGGGCAUAUUAUAUUAUAUAUGAAUAUGUACUCAUCAGCCUGUGUAGUCUGUCCUCCAAAUGACCUUGGCAACCUGCAGAUAGAUGGAGCUGGGUUGGAAGAAAGGAAAGGAGACCACCUCCUGGUUCAUUCAUACCCGUUCCUCACUCCCAAGGUUGAUGUCUUGUCCAAACCAAAUGCAGGGAGAGUGGCAGUGGCAAGUGGUGUUAGUGAUGGGGAGAUUGAGGGCAGGCUGGGCAUUGGGUGGACUGACAGCAGGGUGUUAUCUCCCUACACAGACCUGAGGAAGAACUUUGAGCAGGACCCCCAGGGGAAGGAAGCUCCAAUCAAAGGGAUGAUCGUGCUGCACUGCCGCCCCCCAGAGGGAGUGCCAGCAGCAGAGGUAAGAACCCAGCUUCCCAGCCCUUAACACUUACGACCCCUCCAACAGUGUGGGAGCCUCUCUGUGUAGGGAAACAGCUUACCUUACACUCCAGGCUGUUGAGAGGCUCUAGAAUGGAGCAUUUCAACUCUUAUAAAGCAGGGGGGAAACUAUAUUUAUUCCCAACUGUGUAGUGUCAGCGGUAGGCAUGCACUACACACUGUGAUGUUUUUAUGAUGACAGUGUUGUUGUUGUUGGAUGCACAGUUAAAAAGAAAAGUACAUACAGUAUUAUUGAAAUGCAGUGUCUAUAGUUAAUCAAUAUGAACUAUAGCUCUGUGGUGCAUGUGUGGGUUUAAGUGGAUUUUUUGAGUUAUGAAUGAUUCAGCGUGGAAAGGAUGGUGGGGUGAUGCUAGCCUGGUUUGCGUCCCAAAUGGCACCCUAUUCGCCAUGUAGUGCACUACUUUCAAUCAGAGCCUGAUGGUCAAAAGUAGUGAACUGUAUGGAAUAGGGUGCCAUUUGGGACGCAAACCAGGCUGAGAACAGCCCAGAGUCUCCCCUCCAGUCCUUUGUCAACAUAAAUGAACCCAGCCAGAAGUGAAUACUGUGUAACACAGAGCAGGCGUUCACAGCUCAGACCAUUCCAUUGUACAGUACCCACCUCUUCAUGAAAUAUUGAGAUUGCAAGUGUAGUGUGAGGUUUUUGGGAGCCUUUUUUCAGCAGGCUGGCUGGCUGGCUGUGGGAUGGAUGCUGCUCCCGCUCACUCCACUCCCAGCUGUAAUAGAAUGUGAGUUGGUGGUUUUGAUGCAGUGUAAACAUCCUUCUGGAGGAACGUGUUCGGAAACUCCUUCGGUCAGCAAUGAUGUUGAGGCGAGCUUAUAGCUCGGAAUUGGAUACAUUUUGCAUCAUUGUGGCUGAGACCGCUUAUAUAAGCCUGCGCCUAGCACUUUGGGAGAGGCUGAGAUUGUCUCCUAGCUCAGUUCUCUGGCACACUACUUGCAUAAGGGAAAUGUGACACUGGAGUUACUGCUCUGCUCUCAACUUGGCUCUCCAUUUCACUUCUCUCAAUUUUUUCAGGCACACAUUUUCAAGUGAGGCUUUUAAGUGAGUUGCUUUGAAAACACACUCCAUUUUGGCAUUUAAUUCGCAUUCAAAUCAGAUAUAUAUGGACAUUGCAAAUGUGCUGAAGCAAAGCGCAAGAAAAUACUCUUCAUUUUACAUUAAAGAUUAAGUGUAAGAUGUUGUUUAUAAUUUUCACUUCAUAAGGUGUUUCAUUAAAAUAUGAAUCCAACUUCAGUCAUUCAGGUAACCAAGCACAUUAGGAAUAGGAGAAGUAUACAAUUAUAUAUUCCUAUCCACCACAAGGAUAAUAAUACAUAGCCUACUCGUACCAAUUUUUAUUUUGUUUGAUCUGCCAUUAUCUUUUGCAUUUUAGCACCGAAGCAGCGGUUAGUGAAGUUAACUAAAGUCAAAAAUGUGUGGGUAUAAUUGACUUGGGUUUCAUAUUUUUUCAUCAUAACACAUUUACUCUUGUAUUAAAGAAGUAAUUAAUAUUUGAAUGAGGAGUGUGAAUAUGGGUUACAUUUGGACUGGAGCCAACGUCAGAGAGCCUUGCAUAAUGAGCCCAUUCUAGGAUAAUCUGAAAGGAAAGUGUGAAAUGAACAGCCAAACUAUAAACCACCACACUUAAUUUAUGGAAAUAAAAUGAAAGAUCUUAAUGUGAAAUGAAAUGUAUUGAACUCUCUCAGAAAUGGGAACCCAGGCCAUGACACACAUACUGAACAAUUUCAGGCCCGCGUCCCAAGUGGCACCCUAAUCCCUAGUGUACUACUUUUGACCAGGGCCCAUGGUGCACUAUAUAAGGAAUAGGGUAUCAUUUGGGACGCACAAGGUGAUAAUUCCAAGUGUUUCAAAUGUAAUUAAUCACAAAUGGGAGAAAAAAAUCCAAUUUUAAAUCACAGAGAAAAGAACACUGGCGUGCUGCUGUGUGAUUAUUUGUACUACAUGCUACCUCCAUUACUGCUUUUGACUAACUUAGCCAAUUGAAGUGAAACUCAACAAAACCCACUAAACACAGCUUGUUAAACUCCUAGUUAAGUUCCAUUGUGGCAAAUAAGAAAGAUAUUACAUUCCACAUGUAAUUGCCUUCCUUUCAUGUUAGUUUCUUCCAAAAUGCACAGACUUUACUAUUGACAUCAGAGUCAUUUUAAAUGGGUGAUGCUAUUGAUUUACUGUAACUAAUUUCAGAUUUACUGAAACUAAUUUCAGUGAAUAUGCUACUUUUUGGGCAUAUAAAGAAUAGAAUGUUAGCCAGCUUGAUGUGGAGUAUUUGUUGUACUCUGUUGAAUUCAUGUUUUGGGAAAGGUGCUCUAUACUCCUACUUAGCUAUACAAAACCAUUACACAUUCAGCCUUAUGUGCUCACUUCGAGGCAAGCAACACUGAACCAUGCAUGAGAGCACCAGCUGUUCCCGCCAACUUUGAUCUCGCUCUCCGAUGUCUAAAUGACAAUCGCCCCGUAGCACACACAUCUGUAGCCAUGAAAUGCUUUUAAAUGCUGGCCAUGGCACACAUCAACAACAUCAUCCCAGACACCCUGGACCCACUACAAUUCACAUACCACCCCAACAGCUCCACAAUGACGCAAUCUCUAUUGCAUUCCACACAGCCCUCUCCCACCUGGACAAGAGGAACACCUAUGUGAGAAUGCUGUUCAUUGAUUACAGCUCAGCUUUCAACACCAUAGUGCCCUCCAAGCUCAUCACUAAGCUCAGGACCCUGGGACUGAACACCUCCAUCUGCAACUGGAUCUUAGACCUCUAUACCAGGCUGUGUCAGAGGAAUGCUCUAAAAAUUGUCAGACUCCAGCCACCUAAGUCAUAGAAUGUUCUCUCUGCUACCGCACGGCAAAUGGUACCGAUGCACCAAGUCUGGAACCAACAGGACCCUGAACAGCUUCAACCCCCAAGCCAUAAGACUGUAAAUAGAUAACCAAAUAGAUACAGGCACUAUCUGCAUCGAUCCUUUUUGCACUAACUCUUUUGACUCAUCACUUACGCUACUGUUCAUUGUCUAUCCUGUUGCCUAGUCACUUUACCCCUACCUAUAUGUACACUACAUGACUAAAAGUAUGUGGACACCUGCUCUUCGAACAUCUCAUUCCAAAAUCAUGGGCAUUAAUAUGGAAUUGGUCCUCCCUUUGCUGCUAUAACAGCCUCCACUCUUCUGGGAAGGCUUUCCACUAGAUAUUGGAACAUUGCUGCGGGGACUUGCUGCUGUUAAGCCACAAGCAUUAGUGAAGUCAGGCACUGAUGUUGGGUGAUUAGGCCUGGCUCACAGUCGCCAUUUCAAUUAAUCCCAAAGGUGUUUGAUGGGGUUGAGGUCGCGGCACUGUGCAGGCCAGUCAAGUUCUUCCACACCGAUCUCAACAAACCGUUUCUGUAUGGACCUCGCUUUGUGCAUGGGGGCAUUGUCAUGCUGAAACAGGAAAGGGCCUUUGACGAACUGACUUGUUAAUAAGGUGGCAUCCUAUGAGGGUGCCAUGUUGAAAGUUACUGAGCUCUUCAGUAAAGCCAUUCUACUGCCAAUGUUUGUCUAUGGAGAUUGCAUGGCUGUGUGCUCGAUUUUUAUACACCUGUCAGCAACGGGUGUGGCUGAAAUAGCCGAAUCCACUAAUUUGAAGGGGUGUCCACAUUCCCCUAUCUUUUUUUUAUUAGCCUCUUGUGUAGCAAACCCAUUAGCGGUGGAGAUAGCUCUGACACAGCCCUCCGCUCCCCUGUCUGUAUGUAUACAUGCAAAGUUCAAAGCCUUUGGUUUGGCUCAAUCUGUGUGUGUGUGCAGGUGCGUCUUCGUGCAUGUGUGUGUACAUCUCUGUUCGUACACCUCAGGGUGGAUUACUAACACACUUGACGUUGGCUACUGACUCGGUGUUCAGUGGGGCUCCAUGGCAUCAACCAGUCCCUGGGUCUUGUCUGUUAGUUGUUUAAUCCAUGUAAUUGUCUUGAUGAGAUACACAGGAAUGAAAAAAGUUAUCCCACCCACACUGUCACAGGCUCCACAACGUGCAUCUAUAGGCCUUCCAUGGCUCCUCAGCACAGCUGGCUGAAGGGGAGCACUACUAACUGUUUGCGCCCCAGAUGGCACUGUAUUGCCUAUGUAGUGCACUACUUUUGACUAUGCCAUAGGACUCUGGUCAAAAGCAGUGCACCAUAUAGGAAAUAUGGUGCCGUUUGGACGCAACCUGUGAUUCGCUCAGAGAAUCAGCCAUGACACGAUGUGUCAGCAUAUCUAUGCUUUUACCUGUUGCAGCUACAGUAGAGUAGGAAAGGACAAAGACAGCCAUACAGUAGAGUAGGAAGGGACAAAGACAGCCAUACAGUAGAAUAGGAAGGGACAAAGACAGCCAUACAGUAGAGUAGGAAGGGACAAAGACAGCCAUACAGUAGAGUAGGAAGGGACAAAGACAGCCAUACAGUAGAGUAGGAAGGGACAAAGACAGCCAUACAGUAGAGUAGGAAGGGACAAAGACAGCCAUACAGUAGAGUAGGAAGGGACAAAGACAGCCAUACAGUAGAGUAGGAAGGGACAAAGACAGCCAUACAGUAGAGCUUCUGAAUGUCACCCAGAAAAGAAAAGCUGCACACUCUCAUGGCCCCAAUGCAAUACAUUUAAUAUAACAUUUCCACAGCUAUGCUGCCGAGUGUCACCCAGCUAUAUGUCUCAGAUUUUAUUUGUAUCUUUAUUCGGCAUGAUGACAGCUGAUCUACCUGGGGUCCAAACACAUAACAAAAAUACAUUACAGACAUAAGACUUUACUGUCACCCACCCACCCAGGUCUCAGUUUCCUCUCCGCUCCGCUCCAGGAGAACAGACGUCCUCCCGGGUUCCCACAGACACACAUGGCCUAGCCCUGGAACCCGGUUCUCUGUCAAGCCUGUGACACUGAUGGCCGCCUCCUAAUUGAAACAAAUGUGCCAAUUAGGCAAUUCAUCUCUCACAUCCUCCGCCACCCACUUACAGGGCUAAUUUGUAUUUGUCCCCGUCACACUCAUUCUUUUUUUUCUUCUCCUUCCGUUUCUGCCGGGUGGAUCUUUUCAUCAUUACCCUAAGGCUGUUAGCAGCGGCAGGCGACAGCCCGGGAAUGUAGAGCAGGUCCUACAGCUCAUUGAGGGCCGGGCCGAUUGGGCCACGCAUUAAUUGCCUCUUUCAACUCGCAAAUUUCCCCUGAUGAAAUUGAAAUAAAUACAUAAAGAGGGAAACACUCCUCUGCCACCGCCACUGCCGGCUCUCUUCCAGUGACAGAUUGUUUUAAUCAUGAGACAUUAGAGUCAAUCCCCAGUCUUUUCCUCCCCUUAUCUUCAUACUUUAGUACAUUAACUGCUUGCCUCUGAUGCCAUCUUGCUAAAGGGUAUCUUUUAAUUGCGCCUUGGAAUCUGGAAACCAUUGAAGGGGAUUUACAAGUCUUGUUUAAAGUGAAGGGAAACAAGGCUUUAGCUAUUCCUAGUUCUCCUGUUUCUAGGUCAUAAAGUAUAGUACUCAUUGACGUUAGAUAGGUUGUACAUCAGGGUAGAUCUGCGGUGGAGAAUACAAUAGGCCUAUCUAUGAAAUAUGAUUGUGUAUGUGUGUGUGUAUACAUACAGUGGGGAAAAAAAGUAUUUAGUCAGCCACCAAUUGUGCAAGUUCUCCCACUUAAAAAGAUGAGAGAAGCCUGUCAUUUUCAUCAUAGGUACACGUCAACUAUGACAGACAAAAUGAGAAAAACAAAUCCAGAAAAUCACAUUGUAGGAUUUUUUAAUGAAUUUAUUUGCAAAUUAUGGUGGAAAAUAAGUAUUUGGUCAAUAACAAAAGUUUCUCAAUACUUUGUUAUAUACCCUUUGUUGGCAAUGACACAGGUCAAACGUUUUCUGUAAGUCUUCACAAGGUUUUCACACACUGUUGCUGGUAUUUUGGCCCAUUCCUCCAUGCAGAUCUCCUCUAGAGCAGUGAUGUUUUGGGGCUGUCGCUGGGCAACACAGACUUUCAACUCCCUCCAAAGAUUUUCUAUGGGGUUGAGAUCUGGAGACUGGCUAGGCCACUCCAGGACCUUGAACUGCUUCUUACGAAGCCACUCCUUCGUUGCCCGGGCGGUGUGUUUGGGAUCAUUGUCAUGCUGAAAGACCCAGCCACGUUUCAUCUUCAAUGCCCUUGCUGAUGGAAGGAAGUUUUCACUCAAAAUCUCACGAUACAUGGCCCCAUUCAUUCUUUCCUUUACACGGAUCAGUCGUCCUGGUCCCUUUGCAGAAAAACAGCCCCAAAGCAUGAUGUUUCCACCCCCAUGCUUCACAGUAGGUAUGGUGUUCUUUGGAUGCAACUCAGCAUUCUUUGUCCUCCAAACACGACGAGUUGAGUUUUUACCAAAAAGUUCUAUUUUGGUUUCAUCUGACCCAAUCCUCUUCUGGAUCAUCCAACUGCACUCUAGCAAACUUCAGACGGGCCUGGACAUGUACUGGCUUAAACAGGGGGACACGUCUGGCACUGCAGGAUUUGAGUCCCUGGCGGCGUAAUGUGUUACUGAUGGUAGGCUUUGUUACUUUGGUCCCAGCUCUCUGCAGGUCAUUCACUACGUCCCCCCGUGUGGUUCUGGGAUUUUUGCUCACCGUUCUUGUGAUCAUUUUGACCCCACAGGGUGAGAUCUUGCGUGGAGCCCCAGAUCGAGAGAGAUUAUCAGUGGUCUUGUAUGUCUUCCAUUUCUUAAUAAUUGCUCCCACAGUUGAUUUCUUCAAACCAAGCUGCUUACCUAUUGCAGAUUCAGUCUUCCCAGCCUGGUGAAGGUCUACAAUUUUGUUUCUGGUGUCCUUUGACAGCUCUUUGGUCUUGGCCAUAGUGGAGUUUGGAGUGUGACUGUUUGAGGUUGUGGACAGGUCUCUUUUAUACUGAUAACAAGUUCAAACAGGUGCCAUUAAUACAGGUAACGAGUGGAGGACAGAGGAGCCUCUUAAAGAAGAAGUUACAGGUCUGUGAGAGCCAGAAAUCUUGCUUGUUUGUAGGUGACCAAAUACUUAUUUUCCACCAUAAUUUGCAAAUAAAUUCAUUAAAGAUCCUACAAUGUGAUUUUCAGGAUUAUUUUUUCUCAUUUUGUCUGUCAUAGUUGACGUGUACCUAUGAUGGAAAUUACAGGCCUAUCUCAUCUUUUUAAGUGGGAGAACUUGCACAAUUGGUGGCUGACUAAAUACUUUUUUCCCCACUGUAUGUGCAUUCAGUGCAAUACACUGUGUGUAAAUAUUAGGAACACCUGCUCUUUCCAUGAUAUAGACUGACCAGGUGAAUCCAGUUACCUGUGUGUAUCAAGAAUGGUCCACCACCCAAUGGACAUCCAGCCAACUUGACACAACUGUGAGAAGCAUUGGCCAUUAUCCCUGUGGAAUGCUUUUGACACCUUGUAGUCCAUGUCCCGACGAAUUGAGGCUGUUCUGAGGGCAAAAGGGGGUGCAACUCAAUAUUAGGAAGGUGUUCCUAAUGUUUUGUACACUCAGUGUGUGCGCACGUUUUUGCAGUUUGAAAACACGGCAUGUGUUUGCAAUUUGAAAGCACCCUGUGAAUCCAUCAACCAGCCCUAUUCCACCGCAGUGUGAAUAUAAUUUGCAAAAGCAGCGAUGCAGUUCCAUAUAACAUGGUAGGAGCAUUGGAGCAAUAAAGUGUCACUAAGUUUGUAAUUCAUAAUUCAUUGUGUUGCUAGUAAUUGGUUAUGGUCCUCUGAACGGCUGCGGUCAUGUGGUUGGGUGAUCUGGUGUGGUUGUAUGGCUCUCUCGCUAACUCUCUCUCUGUCUCCCUCUUCUCUAUCUUGCUCUCUCUCUUCUCUCUCGUGGGCAGGUGGAGUGGCUGAAGAACGAGGAGCUGGUGAGCUCCCUGACUGAUGACAACAUUGACACCCGAGCUGACCACAAUCUCAUCAUCAACGAGGCACGACUGUCCGACUCGGGAAACUACACGUGCCUGGCCAGUAACAUCGUGGCCAAAAGACGCAGUUCCACAGCCACUGUGGUUGUUUUCGGUAAGGCCCUGGUCCCAACCCCAGCCACUAACUGACUGUGUUUGUCUGUUGUAGGGUUUAUUUCCUGGACACAGAUUAAGCCUAGUCCUAGAUUAAGAAGAUACUCCAUCGAACAUGCUUUUUAGUGUAGGACUGGACUGGGCUUAAUCUGUGUCUGGGAAACCAGUUUGUGGUGUUAACAUGGUUUCUCAGAUCAAUUUGAGUGUUUCAUGCUCCCCACACAAGUGAUUAAGAGACCCAUCUCAGUGUUUUUGUUAAGAAAGCUGUUUCCCUUUAUUUAGAUAAAUGUAUUAUUCAAAGAGUCAAUUGACUGCCUCCCCUUUGAAAUCAAUGUGUAUUUUAUGAAAGGGAAUAAAAUACUGUGUCUUAAUCUCAUUUAAAGGAGUGUUGCUUAUUAAUUACGCAUUUGCUAGAGGCCUUGGAGCAAUGUGUCGGUUCACAAAAUGUUGGAAAAAAUGUUCAUCCACAUCUCCACACAUACAAAUGACAGAGCAAACAAAUCAGCCCAAAGGGGUUGACUACUCAGUAAAAUAACCUCUCGUUCAUUUGGAUUUAAACUGCCCAACUAUGUGAAUGUGCCAUGGCCUGUUUGAAUGGAUUAGUCUUACCAAUUUUGUUCUUAGUUUUUUCUCCUUGAUUCAAAGAGCUUUGACAAUUGAAAUGGCAAUUAACAUAAGAGUAGUGCACAUUUUCCACAUUUGAUGUACUGUACAUAAUAUGCUCAAGCAUCUAGUGAUGUAACAUCAUACAGCAUUGCUAAUCAUUAAUACCUCUAAACUGUUGUCUGUAUAGUUAACUCUGUGGGAGAUUUGAUUAACUUAAAGGGCAAAUCAGCUGUUGAAAUAAUAAUAAAGUGUACGCCCCACCACUGUUUCAGUAAAAAGCUGAGGGAUGGGGCUGGAGAAAUGUAAUCAUUCUCAAAUUCAUAGACAGAGCUAUGGAUGCAAGGACUGAUCAUCCAUGAUAUAAAAAUUAUCAUUUUAACCACCGUGUUUUGAGGGUAUUUAGGGUUUGUUUACAUUUACUUUGUUUACAAACAUUGGAGUAAAAUAAGCUUAUAUUUUCAGUUCAGAUAGGGUAUGACAGUUGAACUAAGCUCAUGAGACAUUUCUAAGUCAUAUUCUAAAAGAAUCAAUGGGUACAUACACUACAUGACCAAAAGUAUGUGGACACCUGCUCGUCGAACAUCUCAUUCCAAAAUCAUGGACAUUAAUAUGGAGUUGGUCCCCCCUAUGCUGCUAUAACAGCCUCCACUCUUCUGGGAAAGCUUUCCACUAGAUGUUGGAACAUUGCUGCAGGGACUUGCUUCCAUUCAGCCACAAGCGCAUUAGUGAGAUCGGGCACUGAUGUUGAUCGAUUAGGCCUGGCUUGCAGUCGGCUUUCCAAUUAAUCCCAAAGGUGUUCGAUGGGGUAAAGGUCAGGGCUCUGUGUAGGCCAGUCAAGUUUUUCCACACUGAUCUCGUCAAACUAUUUCUGUAUGGACCUCGCUUUGUGCACGGGGGCAUUGUCAUGCUGAAACAGGAAAGGGCCUUCUCCAAACUGUUGGCACAAAGUUGGAAGCACAGAAUCAUCUAGAAUGUCAUUGUAUGCUGUAGCGUAAAGAUUUCCCUUCACUGGAACAAAGGGGCUUAGCCCGAACCAUGAAAAACCUCCCCAGACUUUACAGUUGGCACUAUGCAUUCGGGCAGGUAGCGUUCUCCUGGCAUCCGCCAAACCCAGAUCCGUCUGUCGGACUGCCAGAUGGUGAAGCGUGAUUCAUCACAACAGAGAUCCCGUUUCCACUGCUCCAGAGUCCAAUGGCGGCGAGCUUUACACCACUCCAGCCAACGCUUGGCGCAAAUUGCGUACGGUGAUCUUAGGCUUGUGUGCGGCUUCUCGGCCAUGGAAACCCAUUUCAUGAAGCUCCCGACGAACAGUUGCUUCCAGAGGCAGUUUGGAACUCGGUAGUGAGUGUUGCAACCGAGGACAGAGGAUUUUUACGUGCUAAGAGCUUCAGCACUCGGCGGUCCUGUUCUGUGAACUUGUGCUGCCUACCACUUCGCGGCGGAGCCGUUUUUGCUCCACUUCACAAUUUUAUACACCUGUCAGCAACGGGUGUGGCUGAAAUAGCUGAAUCCACUAAUUUGAAGGGGUGUCCACAUACUUAUGUGUAUAUAUAGUGUAUCAUUAAUUUGUGUCAGAAAAUGGAUGUAGCAACUGUUGAUUGCCCCUUUAAAUAAAGUUUCCCUCUCUUUAUCACCCUCUCUCCCUAACUAACCCCCCUCUCUCCCUAACUAACCCCCCUCUCUCCCUAACUCACUCCCCUCUCUCCCUAACUAACCCCCAUAUCUCCCUAACUCACCCCCAUAUCUCUCUCACCCACAUCUAUCUCUCUGUAGUGAAUGGUGGUUGGUCGCUGUGGACAGAGUGGUCUCCCUGUAACGUUCCCUGUGGUCGGGGCGUCCAGAAACGCUCCCGUACCUGUACCAACCCGGCCCCACUUAACGGAGGGGCUUUCUGCGAGGGCAUGUCUGUGCAGAAGAUCACCUGUAAUGCCCUCUGUCCA